AUUACAAAAUAUUAAGAGCCAAAUCCAAUGUUGUGUUGAAUUUAAAUUAAAGCAAAUGGCCACAAAUUGCGAGCAAAUUGAGGAGAACGUCAAACAGCAGCAAAGCGCCGCAGCAGCUCAGAGCCAAAAUGUAAGCGUGGAGCAGGCGCAGCAGCAGCUGCUGCUCUGCCAUGAUGAUAGCUUCGAGUGCGCCUUUGAGUCGACAAUGGAUGAUCUGGAGCAGGCAGUGGGCGAUGGCUACGAGUCGGACUCGGAGGCAAGUCAGGGCAAUGGCCUCGGCACAGAUUCAUCUGCGGCCAGUCUGACGCAACUGGCGGGCAGUGGACUGCAGUACAGUCAGCAGCUGAAUCCGCAGCUGGAGCUGCAGCUGCAGCUGCUGCCGCGUGUGAAUUCGUUUGAUUUCCAAAGCAGCAGCAGCGGCAGCAGCAGCGAUAAUGAAAACGAUGAUGACGACGACGACGAUGAUGAUGAUGAUGCUGCUAAGGAUGAUGCGCUGCAUGUGCUGGGUGCACUUAAUCUAAGCUCCAAGUUUUCACGCAGCAACGAUGCGCGCUAUGAACUUUAUCAUGCGCGUCCUUCGUAUUUGCUGCUGGAGCGGCGACGUCUCUCCCAAUGCAAGGAGGAGGACGAUGAAGACGAUGCGGGCGACAAAUCGCCGCCGAUUGCUGGCGAAGCGCCGCGUGCUGAACGCGCUUCCAAAGCGCCGCCGCGUCCGCCAACGCCACAGGAUGCUGCCUCGAAGGAAAAGUUUAAGGAUUUGGAGCGACUGCGUCAGCAAUUUAUGCAUAAAAUCGAUCGCAUUAAUACGCGCAAUAUUGAGGAGCAGUAUACGCCACAGCCGCCACCACCACCGCCGCCGCCACCACCCAUACCAGCUACAAUACUGCCCAAGGCGCUCAAGAUGCUGCUGCAGUCCAGCGAGCCAACGACGACGACGACGACGACGCCGCCGGCGCCAGCUGCAGUUUUGCCUGCGCCGACGCCCACGCCGCCCGCUAGUCCGCCCAUACUGCUGCCGCACUCAGCGGAUCCGCCGCUCAUCAUCAAGGGCAAGUUCAAAGUUUCACGCGCCUUGGAAACGCCCGAGCUGCGACUGGAAGCGCAACAGCUGCGCGAGCUUAAGCCCAGCGCCAAUUCCCAAACCAUAAGCUUCCCCUCCAGCUUUGGCGGCUACUCCUCCGUGCAGGGUCUGUUCUCCCAGCGCUACGGCAGCAAUCGCUUUCCCGCCGCUGUGCCACACAUGUCCAAGCAGUUCUUCGAUAGCACGCUGGUGGAAAUACGCGCUCCUAGCCACAGCAAUCUGUCGCUGAAUGCAGCAGCAGCAGCAAACCAAAGUCUCAAUUGUGAUAACAGUUUGGGCAGCAAACCGCGCACGCCCAGCGAACGCGAGCUGGACGAGAUUUGGAUACGUCGCGGCUCAGCAGCCUCAACGCCAGUGCGUGCGCAGUCCUUGGCUGCUGCUUCGACUAUGCCACGCCUACUACGCAGUGAAAGCGGCAACUCGGCCACAAGUCCCAGCAGGCAAUUGACCAACUCGGGUUCGGUAUCUGUUUCCGUUUCGGAUGAUGAACAGGAUGGCAUACCACGCAUACCCGGCUCCAGACCCUCCAGUGCGCCAGCGGAGCCCAAUGCCAAGGCAGCCAAGAAGGCCUACAAGAAAAUGGAAAAGGAGCAAAGACGCCAGGAGAAGGAGCAGACGCGUCGUGAGAAGGAGGCACGCAAGCUGGAGCGCGAGACAGCGCGUCGCAUUGAGCGCGAGGCGGCGAAGCUGGAAAAGUUCAAUCGCCAUAGUGAGAAAAUCUCGCGCAGCACUGAGCGCAUGGCCGGCGCUGGUGGCUCACGCUCUGGUUCGCUGGAGCGUCGGCGCAGCGGCGAAGAUUCACCCGUGCUCAAUCAGUCCACGGUACAUGGCAUUGCAUCGCCCAAUCGCCGACCCACAAUCUUCGAUGUGUUUCGACCGCGCGCCAAGUCGGAUGCCAAACGGCAUAAAGACAAGCAUCUGCUGGAUCCAUCCUCGGCCGAUAGCAGCGCCACCAGCAGCACAUAUUCCGUCUCUGGUGGUGCGCCAGCUCCAGCAGCAGCAGCGGCGGGCGCAGCAACUCCAACAACAACGAACGCUGGCGGCGGCAUCAUGAAUUCCAUGAAAGUGGCCAUGCAGCACUUUGGACAUCGACAGCAUCCCGCCGUAACGAUAACCAAUGCCGAUGGCACUGUCUCCGCCAAGAGCAAAUUCAAGGAUGGCAGCGCGCAUCCGCAUCAAGGCAGCGAUGCGCAGUAUUACCAUACGGUUACGGCAGGUCGUCCACAUGGCAGUGCCAAUCAGCGUUCACCAAUGACCAAAGUAAUGGAUUUGUUUCGUCAUCGUUCAAACUCGGCGGUUAGCGAAGCGGAUAAACGCAAAGCGCGCGUUGCGGCUCAUCAACAACAAUUGGCUGUGCAAAGUGCUCAUAUGCGUCGUGCCUCGGCGGAUUUGGAAAAGCGACGCGCUUCGGUGGGUGCUGCGGGUCGCAGUUUACGUGGCGAUGGCACCCUGGAUCCACAUCAUGCAGCCAUUUUAUUCAGAGACUCCAGAGGGUUGCCGCACGCCGAUCCGUUCCUCGACAAAGUCAGUCUAUCAGAUUUAAAGGAGGACGACUCACAGAUCUUUGUCAAGUUCUUUCGUUUUCACAAGUGCUAUGAUCUGAUACCCACCUCCGCCAAACUGGUUGUCUUCGAUACACAGCUGCUGGUGAAGAAGGCGUUCUAUGCUCUGGUGUACAAUGGAGUGCGCGCUGCGCCGCUUUGGGAUUCGGAGAAGCAACAGUUUGUGGGCAUGCUGACCAUUACAGACUUUAUUAAGAUCUUGCAAAUGUAUUACAAGUCAGCGAAUGCAUCGAUGGAGCAGCUAGAGGAGCACAAACUGGAUACGUGGCGCAGUGUGCUGCACAAUCAAGUGAUGCCAUUGGUUAGCAUUGGACCGGACGCCUCACUCUACGAUGCCAUUAAAAUUCUCAUACACAGCCGCAUACAUCGACUGCCGGUUAUCGAUCCAGCGACUGGCAAUGUCCUGUAUAUAUUAACACAUAAACGCAUACUGAGGUUCCUGUUUUUAUAUAUUAAUGAAUUACCAAAGCCAGCUUAUAUGCAAAAGAGUUUGCGCGAUCUGAAGAUUGGCACUUAUGAUAAUAUCGAGACCGCCGAUGAGACCACAAGCAUUAUUACAGCGCUCAAGAAGUUUGUGGAGCGUCGCGUCUCCGCAUUGCCCUUGGUCGACAACGAGGGUCGAUUGGUCGAUAUUUAUGCCAAGUUUGAUGUGAUUAAUCUCGCUGCUGAGAAAACCUACAACGAUCUCGAUGUCUCGCUGCGCAAGGCGAACGAGCAUCGCAAUGAAUGGUUCGAGGGCGUACAAAAGUGCAAUUUGGAUGAGUCGCUGUACACGAUUAUGGAGCGCAUUGUGCGCGCCGAGGUGCAUCGCCUGGUCGUGAUCGAUGAUCAGCGCAAGGUCAUUGGCAUUAUUUCACUUUCCGAUAUAUUGCUGUACCUGGUACUGCGGCCCAGCGGCGAGGGCGUCGGUGGCUCGGAGAAUUCGUUGCGCGCCUCGGAUCCACUGCUGAUGCACAAAGUGUCCGAAGCGGCGGAGGGCGAGACAUCGACAACUAGUUCGGGCAAUCGCAGUCUUAUUGAGGAUAUACCUGAGGAGGAGACAGCAGCGUCGGUGGCGCCCGCGCCUAGAGGCAGCGGCGAUAGUGCUGAUAGUGAUAAUAACAAAUCCGCCAGUGAAGACAAAGUCAAUAAUAAUCAGCUGAAGCACGAGACGAUCACAACGACUUCCAACGGUGAUAGCAAUAGCAGUCCAGCCGAAGUGUCCUUUGCCGAUGAGGCGCAUGAAGAUGCCGCUGAGCAGAAUGCGCGCAGCAAUUCUGAUGACAAUGAUGUGGAUGAAGAUCAGGAUCAGGCUGAUCGUGAAUUGGAGCGCAAAAAGGCAGCCGCUGCGGCAAUUACAGCUGCAACGCGAAAGAGUAAAGCUGAACAGGAUGAGGAGGAGGAUGAGGAUGAUGGCCUAAGCAGCGCCGUUUCGGCUGCGUCGGCAUUGGGUCAGACGCUGGCCACGCCUACGGCGCGAGAGAUGGCUCUGGUUAGUGAAUAAGUAAUUAUAAACAAAUAAACAACAACAACAAAACCCAAAUAAAACAACAAAUACAAAAAAUGCUUACAAAACAA